AUGUUUCCAAAUGCUACCGGCGCCAGUUCGCUCACAUCCCGCUCACCGUCUACACUAUCGUCCACGAUAAUCGCACACACUCCUCCCCCUACGCAGCAUGACCAAACGCCCAGCAGCGGGGACGGAGGACAAAAUGCAUCGCGAGAUGAGAAAAACAAGGAGACCGACCUAGAGAGUGCAGCGCACACUGUAGAAAAGAUAUCCCUCUUCCAAGAGAUCAUGUUCGUCACAACCGUGUGCACUUCACAACUGUAUACCCAGGCUGGUAUCGGCCAAACCAUAUCCAUCAUUCACGUCAUCGGCGAUAGCUUUGGUGUUACGAAUCAGCUUGAGCUACCCUGGCUCAUCGCAGGCUUCAGUCUGACUGUCGGCACUUUCAUCCUCUUUUCCGGUCGGCUGGGUGAUAUCUACGGCUACAAGCGUAUGCUUAUCAUCGGUUUCGCGUGGUAUGCGCUGUGGUCUGCUGUCUCCGGAUUCGCGGUAUGGUCGAAUAAGGUGUUGUUCAUCUUCGCCCGCGUGCUGGCUGGCAUAGGACCGGCCAUCUGUUUGCCGAAUGCACUUGCCAUCUUGGGUGCUUCAUACCAGCCUGGUCGGCGAAAGUCGAUGGUCUUUGCCAUAUUUGCAGCAACGGCUCCGGGGGGUGUUGUGGGUGGUGCGUGUUUUGCUGGCAUUUUCGACUUGGCGUGGUGGCCGUGGACGUUCUGGUCUUUUGCUAUCGCCAUUCUUUGCUCUAUUGGUCUUACCAUGGUAUUUGUACCCAGUCCUCCGCCUAAGCUGGCCGACAGAGUGGGUCAGUCCAUCAAAGAUCAUCUUUUGGAGCUCGAUGUCGCCGGAGCGACUACUGGCAUACUCGGUCUCAUCCUGUUCAACUUCGCAUGGAACCAGGCGGCCAUCAGCGGCUGGGACUCACCAGAAUGCAUAGUCACACUGGUUUUUGGGAUUGGCUCUAUGGCACUCUUCUUCUGGGUCGAGAUAAAUUGGGCACCAUCGCCACUGAUUCCCUUCGAAGUGCUCGGCAUGGAGAACGUGUUCAUCAUUCUGGCCAUGUUCGGAGGGUGGGCCAGCUUUGGUAUAUGGUUCUUCUAUACCUGGCAGUUUGUCCUGGAGAUACGGGGCACCCCUCCGCUGCUGGCGGUGGCUUACUUCUCGCCGUGUGUCGUCUCGGGUGCGAUGGCUUCGAUAUCGACAGGGCUGCUGAUGCAUCGGCUGGGACCCUCGAUCAUCAUGAUACUGGCAAUGAUGGCAUUUCUUGUCGGCAACUUUCUUAUCGCUUUCUGGCCCACGGAACAAAUCUACUGGGGUCAGCUGUUUGUCGCUAUGCUCAUCAUGCCUUGGGGCAUGGACAUGAGUUUCCCGGCAGCAACGCUCGUGUUGUCGAACGCGCUUCCCGCCGAGCAACAAGGCGUGGCUGCAAGUCUCAUCAACACUGUAGUUAACUACAGCAUCUCGCUUGGUCUGGGGUUUGCCAGCACAGUCGAAGUCAACGUCAAUCACAGCGGUGCUGAUGUGGAAUUGGGGUAUCGAGGUGCAAUGUACACAGCCAUUGGGUUUGCGGGUCUUGGUUUGUGCAUCUCCAUCGCCGCUUUGGUAUACGAGUGGUACAAGACGGGCAAGCAGAUAUUGGGAACUGCGACACCAUGGCCGAGACCGGGAGCUGAGGUGUAGCCGAUACUUUGUUUUGAGCCAGGUGGCAUCUGAGCAGCUGACCACAAGAUCCAGAUGGCUACUGGUACGUUAUGCUGAAAAUUGGGUGGGCGGCAUAUUCACAAGAGCCUCUGCAGAUCUAGGCCUCAGCUAGCCGUCGCAAGGGCAUGACUAAUGAGGCUCCGUCGAGUGGCUGACAGGAAUCGGCCAAUGUUCGUAAUGGUGAUUGCCGGCUGGGGAAAGUAUGACGUCGUGUGCUGGAGCUA